AAAAGAUUAAAAAGCAAAGUAAAUAGAAAGACUUUGGAGGGGGCAGAGAGAGAGAGAGAGAGAAAGAGAGACAGAGAUGGGUUCUGCUUCUAGAUUUGGCUCUUGCAGUUUGCUCUUUUAUGCUCUACUUGUUGCUCAGUGCACCCGCAUCAACAGCUCUAGGGGCAGCUGGAAGGACGUUGACAAACAGGCCUACAAUUUGCAACAAACCACCAUGGAUGACCAUAUUCAAAUUCUUGCAAAGAAAGCUCAUGAUGAUCUAUCAUACCACAUUUUCUUCACUGUAAAUGACCUAAAAGUAGGCAAAAAAAUUCCCCUAUACUUCUCCAUAGAAGACCCUUCAACCUCCCCUCCUCUCCUCCCCCGGGUCGAAGCCGAUUCCAUCCCAUUCUCAUCUUCUCAACUCCCACAACUCCUUCAAUUCCUCUCCUUCUCCAAAGACUCCCCACAAGCCAAAGCAAUGCAACAAACACUCCACCAAUGCGAGCUCCAACCCCUUGAUGGCGAGACCAAGUUCUGUUCCACUUCCUUAGAAUCCAUGCUCGAUUUUACGCGCUCAAUAUUCGGUACGAAAACCCAAUUCAAAGUCCUAACCACCAAACUUCUCUCCAAGCACACCUCAGUUCUCCAAAACUACACCAUUUUGGAAGCGCCACGAGCACUGGAUGCUGUUAAUAAAAUGGUGGCGUGUCACGCCAUGCCUUACCCUUAUAAGGUGUUCUAUUGCCAUUGUCAAGAGGGGGAUCAUCAGAGGGUGUUUGAGGUUUUGUUGGGCGGUGAGAAUGGGGAGAGAGUGGAGGCUGUUGGGGUUUGCCAUAUGGAUACUUCGCAGUGGAACGACGAUCAUGUUGCGUUUCGUGUGCUGGGGAUUCGGCCUGGUGGGUCUCCGGUAUGCCAUGUCUUCCCUACUGAUAAUCUCAUUUGGGUUGCAUAGCCAUGGUCAAGUUUAGUUGUGUGAGUUUGAUUGUGUAUGUAUGUGCACAUCAAAAUCUUGCUAGUACAAUCUUGUAAUCUAGUUAUGAUGUAUGUUACCUGCGCUCUUCUAUUUCUCUCACAGGACUUGUAUUCAUCAAUAUGAUAUGAAUAAAGGUGUGAUAUAUGUCUAUCCUAUCCAAUUUAUGAUAUGAAUAAAGGUGUGAAA